AAUGAAGCUGGAUUGCGAGCUAGUCUACUCUGAAUUCUUCAUCAUCAAGGGCACAAAUCCAGAAGUGAAUUAUCUCUCAAGAGAGGAUUAUCGGGCAAUAAGCUAUAGGAAGUACCCUGCAUUCUGCAAUAACCGUGACGAGAUCUAUGAUUUGUUUGAAAGCUAUGAGAGAAUGAAGGCACGAAACGGUGAUUAUGACUCUGCGGAUCGAACGUUAGCAAUCCUACGCGCGGCAAAGAAGAGUAAAUUUGGUGGUCCACAUGUCCACGAACUAUACAUUGAUGAAUGUCAGGACAAUCAAAUCGUGGAUUUUUCACUUAUACUAAAGCUCUUUGGUAAAGCAGAAAGCAUUAUAAUGGCCGGAGACGUAGCUCAAUGUAUUGCUCGGGGUUCUUCUUUUCGAUUUCAAGACUUACGCGCCUUAAUGUAUAAAUGGGAGCUCGACCAUCAUAUGUACAGUAGUAUAAAAUCAAAGAUGUUUGAAUUAAACACUAACUAUCGCUCCCAUAACGGGAUUAUUCAACUUGCAUCGUCAGUGGUUGAUCUUAUCAAACGCUUUUUUCCUGAAUCCAUUGAUAAUUUGUCGCGCGAGCGUGGUGAGGUUGGUGGACCUCGACCAAUCGUCUUCGCAGGAUUUGAAGCUGAGACAUUCCUGUUCAAAGUUUUCCGCGCUGGUGACCCCACAUCUAAUUGUAUUGAAUUUGGCGCCGAGCAAGUUAUUAUCGUACGCAACGAUGAAGCUAAGAAGAAUGUGAAAAACCUAAACAAGAAUGCCGGAUUAGUACUGACAGUUUUUGAAGCGAAAGGCAUGGAAUUUAAUGAUGUCCUAUUGUAUAACUUCUUUCACGAAUCGCCCGCGCUCUCAAAGUGGCAAACAAUUCCUUCCGAUUUGGAAAACAGCUCCGGGACUUUAGAUAACGAAAAGCCUUAUAUACUUUCUUCCGAACUCAAGCACCUUUAUGUUGCAGUAACCAGAGCCCGGGAGCGUCUCUGGAUUUUCGAUGAAAAUUCCGAAUGGAUCAGACCAAUACUGACGUAUUGGAUGCAUCAUGGAUUGGUCAGAGUGAUCAGUAGCGUGGAAGAAAUUGCUACGCUUCCAACUUUGGCUAAAAAGAGUAGUUCACAAGAGUGGAAUCGAAAAGGAAAGGCAUUCUUCGAACGGCAUCAAUAUGAGCUGGCCAUUACCUGCUUCGAAAAGAGUGGAAAUGAAAAAAGAAAAAAACUAGCAUCCGCAUACCACCUUCAACAAAUCGCCAGAAACUCGGUGAAUGAUUCCGAUGAAACAACUGUGAGGUCUAAUUUUAUUCAAGCCGCCCAAGCAUUCAACGGAUGUUCCCGGCCGAUACAGGAGGCUUCAUGUUAUCAGGACAUUGGAAUGCAUAGAGAAGCAGGUGAUGUUUACAAAAAUUGGGACAUGUUUGAACCCGCAGCGCGUUGCUACUUUAAAGGAAAGAUUUGGCGUGAGGCCGGUAAUUGCUUUGCAAAAGCCAAGAUGUACAACGACGCUACUAUUUCCUAUAAAGAGGGUAAAUUAUACGAGAUAACAGUCAAUUUUAUGGAGAGACACAAACAAAAUAUCGACGAGAAAAUAUUUCGUCGCGUCAUCCGUCUUAUCUAUGUCUGUUGUCGGAAGGAUAAUAAGGAACUAAGCGAGAAAGCCCUCUCUAUGCUUACAAAGCAAGAGGACAGAAUUGAAAUCCUCAAAGAUCAUGCGCCAGAAGAAGUUCAGGAAGUAUAUAAAAGAGAAGGCCAAUUUCGUGACGCCGCAGAAGAAUUAUGUUCACGUGGUAAAUUCGAAGAGGCAUCCAAUGUUUACAUCCGUUCAUCUGAAAAUGAAGAUAUUAUCGAGUCAUUGCAAUGUCUUUUGCAUUUAUGCCGGACAAAUAUACUAAAAAAUACGAUAGGUGAUUACAUGAACCCGGAAGCUCGAGAGGAGCUGCAUAAUUUCGUUUCAAAGGCAAUUGAUUUAACCAAAUCACGGGCGGUGAAAUCAGAAUCAUGGAUGAUUUUAGUGGAGGAGACUCAGUUAUACUUAUCUUAUCUAAAUAAGGAUUUUGAUGCAGUUCGUAAAGGAAUAAUGUUUUUCGAGAAGCACAGAGAACCCGUAGCUGAGUUUCGUGCGAUAAGCAUGUGGUUAACAAUUUCAGCACUAUCGGAUGUUAAUGCUGAUCACUGGUAUGAACGUUUGCAAUUUCUGCAGAGAUUGUGUGAAUUAAUCAUUCCGUCUAAAGCCUCACCGCGAAAUGACAAAGAUGUCGAGGAAACCAGGAAGAGUUUUGAGGAAAUUUAUCUCGUGAAGAGUGUGAAAAGUCGUCCAAAUCAACGGAAAAUUUCUGUCGACAACCCACUUGUUGCUCUUAUAGAGGAUAAUUUGGUGGAACCCUCGGAUUAUUGGCAUGUUCAUGAUGCGGACAUAGUACACAGGGCUGUUUCGAAAUUCAUUGGUACAUAUAUAUAUGAGCUUAUCCUUAAUACAAAUCGAGAUGGUAAAAAAAUUCCAGAGAUAGCCUCAGAGAUGUGUGAUUGCCAAUACCCAAAAACUUGCAGAAAGCAUCACGUGACACCAACGCCAUCAAUUAUUAAAAAGCGCCUGAGACUCGCAUGCCUUCAAUAUACAACGAUGAGACAAUUAAGUACAUGUAUAUCCAAAUUUCGCGACUUUGUUAACGAAGAUCAAAUUAAGGUUGCACUUCGUCCGCAAAGGUUUUGGGCUGAAAAGCUGGUGGAAUUUCACUUUCGCUAUCAGUCUCCUCACACAAGCUGUCCAGAAAUCACAUAUAUGGGGAUCAACGAACUUCCUAAUUUCACAUAUAAUGGACUUAUCUAUCUCACGAACAAUAAAUGGCUAAAUGAUGAAGAAUUCGAUGUUGGUAACUUUGCCAAAAUGUUAAAGUUUAUACUUUUUUCCAUUCAGUUGCAGAAUAGAUGGGGAAUUGAAGAAUUCGAUUGGAAGGUAUCAAGAAAAAGAUCUUAUUCUGAAAAUUGUCCGAUUGGUUUUGAAUAUAACUCAAAAUAUAACGAAUACUGGGCGAUUGGAAGACGACUUUCGUUAUUCUUUUCAUCUCUCCAGUCUGAUAGACUAAUUCCUGCAAUUAAUCAUGCAAAGUUGUUUAUUUCCUAUGCCAUAAAUAACUUGGAAAGC